AGCUUUCGAUUUCUUCGCUGCUGACCUAAAAAGAAAAAAAUAUUCCUGACACAAAUCGGUUCGUUUUUGCCAGUCUAGACUGACAUUUGAAUGCCACGUCGCGUUGAAGAAUACUUGAUUUUUGAAAAAAAAUCGAAAACUUUUAUUCAGUAUAAGAAAAAAAUGACGCCAAGUGUGUCGAUGACGCGGGGAGUGUUGCAAGUGUUAUUUCUACUAAUUGGCAACGUGUUGCUAAUUCAAGUUGCCAAAUCGUCUGCGUUUCCAACCUCGAAUAUCAAGUUGGAGGAUUUCCAAGAGCGACUUUUGCAGCAAAAACAAGAGGAGACUGUGAAUUUUAACAAAGAGAAUUUUGCGGACUGCUUGGUGGAAAUCGGUCACAACGUUCUUAAUGAAUCGGACCGGUUUUCUUCGCAUGACAGUCGGGAUUAUGGAUCUCUGAUGAGCAAGCAGCCGUGCGUCACAGCGAUUAUGGAUCAGCAUCACCAAUCAUUGAAUUCUUCAGAAAUCAGCAGCGAAGACUCGUCGUCAGGAAACAGCAGUGCAUCAUCGCUUGCAAAUAAUCGCGUAGGUCGGCAAAGUGCUUCUGAAAUGUAUUGCCUAUUUUGUCCUGCUGAAAAGCCCGAGGAUUUGUACCGCAAUUUCGCCAAAUGCUUCACCGGCUCGGAUCCUGUUUGCUGCUCUUGCAUCUUGUUUGCAUCUGUCAACUUUGCUCUCACGGUGGUUUCCUUCAUGGGCUGACAACGUUUUUUUUUAAGUUCCUUUUAGCUUAUUUCAACAAUAUAAAAAUCAAGUCACAUACAGCAUGUCAGCUGACUGAAAGACUUUUCAAUUGCAAAUGGUAGUCGUAUUAUGCUAUCGCGUGGAACUAAUCGAGAUGAAGAUUUGAUUUUAGUUUUACGAACUGAGAAAAGCCAAUUUAAGUAUUUAAAUUCUGUCUUUGAGUUUUCUGAGAGUUGCUUGUGGAAAUGUCUGAUAUUUACAAAGAUUUUUGAGAAAUGAUAUCAUAAAAUUUUGUUUUCUGAGAGUUGCCUGUGGAAAUGUCUGACAUUUACAAUGAGUUUCGAGAAAUGAAAUCACCAAACUUGAAAAAUCUUGAAAAA